AUGUCUACUUUUUCUGCUUCUGAUUUCAAUUCAAAAAGGUAUUCGUCUUCAAGACCUUCCUACCCUUCUGAAUUUUACAAGAUAAUUGAUGAAUACCACAAGGGGGAGAGAAAUUUACUUGUCGAUGUUGGGUGUGGACCAGGUACUGCAACUUUACAGAUGGUUAAAGAACUAAAACCGUUCGACCAAAUUAUCGGAAGUGACCUUUCAGCCACCAUGAUUAAAACUGCAGAAAUUAUAAAAAAUGGAAGUCCCGAUACAUACAAGAACGUUUCAUUUAGAGUCUCUCCGAGCGAUAAUUUUGAAUUUCUAGGUUCUGGCUUGGUGGACAAGCAAAAGGUUGAUAUGAUCACGGCUGUAGAAUGUGCGCAUUGGUUCGAUUUUGACAAGUUUUUACAAUCAGUGUAUGCCAAUUUAAGAAAAGACGGUACCAUUGCUAUUUGGGGAUACGCAGACCCAGUCUUCCCAGAAUACCCCGAAUUUGAUGAAUUGAUGAUUGAAGUUCCUUACGGAAAGGAUGCAUUGGGGCCAUAUUGGGAACAACCAGGCAGAGCUCGCCUUCGCACCAUGCUAAAGAACUCUAACUUGGAUCCAGUACGUUUUCAUGAUAUUCAGGUUUCAUACUUCAAUGCGAAAGAUGUUAGAAACAAAGAAAGACUCCAUCAAAAUACAGAGAAACCACUGUUUAUAAGAAAGCAAAUCACUUUAGUCGAGUUUGCUGAGUAUAUCAGGACCUGGAGCGCUUACCAUCAAUGGAAGCAGGAUCCGAAGAACAGAGACAAAAAGGAUAUUGCAGAUUGGUUUAUUGAAGAAUCACUGAGAAGAAGACCGGAACUUACCGCCAACACCAAGGUUGAAGUUGUUUGGAAUACCUUCUACAAAUUUGGAAGAAGAACCUGA